AGCUUGUGGGAUUAUUCCAACAUUGAUAUUUUCCCAUGGCGAUUCAGAAAGUGUUUAGUGUUGUUUUCUUUGCUCUGUUGGGCUUAGGUAUUUGUUCUGCAACUCGAGCCCUUCUUACCCUUGAAAAUGGAAAUGUGCAUGUUGGCUAUGGCACUGUUGUUCAUGGAGCUGUAGGAGAACACGGGUUUACUGGUGCUGGCUAUGGAGGUGGUGCAGGGAGUGGAGAAGGUGGUGGAGCAGGAUAUGGAGGUGCGGGUGGACUUGGUGGUGGUGGUGGCGGUGGAAGUGGAAGUGGAGGUGGAGGUGGAAGUGGGGCAGCUGGUGGUGCUGCUGGAUAUGGAAGUGGUGGUGGGGAAGGAGGUGGUGCUGGAUAUGGUGAAGGUGGAGAGCAUGGGGCUGGAUACGGUGGUGGAGGUGGUGGAGGAAGUGGUGGUGGUGGUGGUGCUGGAUAUGGUGCAGGAGGAGAACAUGGUGCUGGUUAUGGAAGCGGUGAAGGAGGAGGUGCUGGUAGCGGCUAUGGUGCUGGAGGAGCAAGUGGUGGUGGAUAUGGUGGAGGAGGUGGCGGUGGGAGUGGCGGGGGCGGUGGAGCAGGUUAUGGUGCAGGAGGAGCAAGUGGAGGUGGGUAUGGCAGUGGUGAAGGAGCUGGAGGAGGUGCUGGUGGUGGAGCUGCUGGUGGUCAUGGUGGAGGUGGUGGAGGUGGCGCUGGUUCUGGCGGCGGCGGUGGCGGUGCCUAUGGUGCAGGAGGUGCACAUGGGGGUGGAUACGGAGGAGGCAGUGGGAGUGGAGAGGGUGGUGGCCAUGGUGGCUACGCCCCUUAAAAUUUCUUCUCUAUAUCAGAAUGCGUCUCUUACUCUAAUAUGAACCCAAAAAAAAAUAAUAAUAAUAAGAUUAGCAUGGGUAAGAUGAUAGCUUAUAAUUCAUAAGUAUUGUAUGAAUGCCGGAUUAAUGCUCUCAAGAAGCUGUAUUUAAUUAUUAUGACUAAUGAAUAUGCAUUCUUCUUUU